AUGGAUGACCUCAGACCAUCUAAAUUAAAAAAAAUGCUCAAGUCCAAGACACCGUAUUUUGGCCUUCGAGGGGGGUGGUUAACCUUUUGGAUCACUCUAGCUUGUGGUGCUGACAUGACUUUGUAUGGAUAUGAUCAGGGAGUUUUCAGCGGAGUGGUGAUAUCCCAGGAUUUUCUUCAAUUACACAAUCUUGAAGGUCCCUCUAAGACCAGUCUUCUUGGCACUGUCACCGCGAUCUACGAUGUUGGCUGCUUCCUCGGAUCUAUCUGUGCAUACUGGCUUGGUGAGCGGUUGGGGCGUCGGAAGACGGUUCUCGUUGGAACGACUGUCAUGGCAAUCGGUGCCGUGUUGCAAGCAUCCUCAUACAGUGUGGGCCAAAUGAUGACAGGUCGAGUCAUUGCAGGAAUUGGCAACGGUAUCUCCUCUUUCAUAGGACUGAACACAUCGACUGCGCCCAUUUGGCAAGUUGAGACCUCAAAUAUGCAUUGGCGAGGAAAGUUGGUUAUCCUUGAGAAUGUCCUUGUCCUUGUAGGGUUUUCACUUGCCAAUUGGCUCAAUUACGGACUGUCGUUCGCCAGUGGCCCUGUUUCCUGGCGCUUUCCCCUGUCGUUCCAAUUCAUCUUCAUCAUAGUACUCGCUCUUACAGUUCCAUGGCUGCCUGAGUCCCCCAGGUGGCUUAUUGCCCACGGCCAAGAAGAAACGGCCGUCCAGAUCAUCGCAGACCUGGAGAACAAGGCCACAAACGACCCCUUCGUUCAAUUCCAAACCAGCGAGAUUCAAUACAGUGUGAAAUAUGAACGAGAAAACAGUGUCAACUUCAGUGACAUACUGCGGGGACGCGCCCAUGAACGGUCAGGCACAAAAACCAUCCGCAGGCUUAUCCUUGGCAUGGGAGCUCAAGCGAUGCAACAGUUCUCAGGGAUCAAUGUCUCCUCCUACUAUCUUCCUACAGUUUUGACCAAAUCUGUCGGUAUGAGCGAGUCGUUAGCGAGACUCUUAACAGCUUGUAAUAGUGUUCAGUACUUAUGUUUUUCGAUGAUCGGUAUCCCGAAUGUUGAGCGAUGGGGCCGUCGAGCCCUUUUGAUGUUUGGUGCCACGGGCCAAUGUCUCUGCUAUAUCUUCAUCACUGCUCUUAUUCGGUAUAAUGAGAUGCCCGGCUACUCACAUCAACAUGAAGUGGCGUCUGCAUCUGUUGCUUUCUUCUUCUUGUACUAUGUAUUCUUUGGUAUUGGCAUGCAAGGAGUACCGUGGUUGUAUCCUACAGAGAUCAACUCCCUCACUAUGCGGACCAAGGGCGCCGCACUCGGAGCAGCUACAAACUGGAUUUUCAAUUUCAUGGUCGUCGAGAUCACACCCAUUGGAAUACAGAACCUUGGCUGGCGGUUCUAUGCGAUUUGGAUUGCAUUGAAUGCAGCAAUGGUCCCUGUCAUUUACGUCUUUUAUCCUGAGACAGCAGGGCGCACCUUGGAGGACAUGGAUGAGUACUAUCGUGGGAAUCCCCCACUUUUUGUCUGCUUCGAUAGGGAAGCAAUUUCUCGCAAACGUCCUGAGAGAUACCAGGUUCGAGAUGAGCAUGUUAUUCGGGCUAAGGAAGGUGAUGUGCUUGAAUUGGCACAGCAUGUGGAGAAUGCGACCGCUGUGACAGCUUAA